AAACCUCCAUCGCUCACGCCGUGGGAACGGCGAAAUGAGCAUUAACGGAUAACAAAGGAGGUCAGGGGGGAAAGAUUGGAAGAUAAUAACAGCCAAAAUGGGAAGCGCCCGCGCCAUCUCUGUGCAACCGAGAUUGAUGUCUUCUUUUGUUGGAGAUCUCCUCUCACGCUCAACGCAGCCCCUCCCUCAACUGUUCCGUUAUAAGCCAGGAUGCACCCGUGUUUCAAUGCAGUUAUCCAGAACUCUUUCCGGCUUGACCAAUCUCUUGUUCAAUAGCAGAAGGCUAGAUGAUUUGUCAAAUAGUAAGCAUAAGCAUUUGAAGCCAGGAAAAGUUUCUCCACCUCGACCAGUGCCUAAGCACAUACCAAGGCCUCCAUAUGUUAAAUCUAAGAUGCUGCCUGGGAUAGCGAGUGGACCUGAAGUUCAUGAUGAGCAGGGGAUAGAACACAUGAGAGCUUCUGGAAGGCUUGCAGCACAGAUAUGCGCAAGGGUAUCUUACUUGAAGCAAUGUGAUAUGGAAAUAUGCCAUAUUUUUGUUCUGCCGGGCGUAAUGACAGAUGAAAUUGAUGAAGCAGUUCAUCAAAUGAUAAUUGAUAAUGGUGCCUACCCAUCUCCUCUUGGCUACGGCAAUUUUCCAAAAAGUGUCUGCACAUCUGUAAAUGAAUGCAUCUGCCAUGGAAUACCAGAUUCCCGACCACUUGAGGAUGGUGAUAUAAUCAACAUUGAUGUUACAGUUUAUCUAAAUGGCUAUCAUGGUGAUACAUCAGCAACUUUCUUUUGUGGAGAUGUUGAUGAUGAGGCAAGAAAUCUAGUUCAGGUAACUAAAGAAUGUCUGGACAAAGCAAUAUCUAUAUGUGCACCGGGGGUGGAGUUCAUGAAAAUUGGCAAAACAAUUCAUGAUCAUGCAGAUAAAUUUCAUUAUGGUGUUGUCCGACAGUUUGUUGGUCAUGGAGUUGGACAUGUCUUUCAUGCUGAUCCAGUUAUUCUUCAUUACAGAAACAAUGAUGAUGGAAGGAUGAUGUUGAACCAAACAUUCACAAUUGAACCAAUGCUGACUGUUGGCAGCAUCAAUCCCAUUAUGUGGAAUGACAAUUGGACCGUUGUAACUGAAGAUGGAAGUCUCUCGGCGCAGUUUGAACACACCAUCCUAGUCACCUCAGACGGGGCUGAGAUUCUUACUCAAUGCUGACAGAUCCAACGCUUAAUACUUGCAAACAGAUCCUUGCCUGAAGGUAUAUUCCACCGGUCAUUGUUUUAGUGACUUCCAGAGCAAGGAAUUCAUGCUGGAGGUCAGGAGGUGUUGCGUUUAUCCUCAUUUUUUUGGCCGAUGCCCUCUUGCCAGAAUUUUUUUCCCUCAUGCCUGUUUUAAUGUUUCUUCCGUUCUCUAGUAAAAAGUGACCCGUAUUUAUCGAGAGGCUGAGAGACAGUGUAACAUUCUAAAAUUUUAAACUGAUCUUUCACAGAUUAUAAAGUUCCACAA